AUGGAUCUCCUACCACCCGCCACAUACCUCUCCCGGCAGGCCAGGAGAAUGUCUCUUAAUACCAUCAAGGAAGAAUCGGAAGGAUCUUCGAAGAGUGACAGCGAAGGCUCUGCCAGCGACCGAACUAUUGUAGGAAAGCCGGCCGGAUGGAAUUCGCAGAUGUUCGUUGCCGCUCCUCGAAGAUCCAGCAAAUUGGCAAACUAUGUCACGCCCUCUUCUCCCACUUCUCCGAUCAGCGAGUCACCAUGCAGCAGCGCUGGACCAGGCAAGGAAGCUGGUACUCGAAGCUCGUAUGCACAAAGCGAUAUCGGCACAGUCUUCAGUGAUGAGAGCUGUCCUUCUCUCGCUAGUGAUCCAACAACGUUCGCAACGGAAUCGAGUCGGAACAGCAUCGCAAGGUUCGAUCAAGGAGAUCGCGCUGGGAAUGUCGCCAAUCAAGUCCGCGAUGGUGCUCUCUCCCGAAGCACUUUCUCAGUUAUCCCAACAGUUGGCGCCCGAAACCCAGCCGCCAUCACUAGGAGCACAAGCAGUCUUGCCUCCUCUUCGCCCUGCCUGGCGCAGAUCAGCGCUCCGGGAACGCCGGAUAGUCGACAGCUCGAUGUUGUCGAAGGGCAAUCUUGGGGCCACCCGGAAUCAACAUCAGCUCACUUGGAAAUCGCGAUCGAUGAGGACCACAGCAUCAUCAUAAGCCCUGUCGACAACCCUCCCACACCUGUGGGGCUGUUAUCACCGGGCAUGUACGAGACACUUCCUUCGGCACGGGAGCGGGAGUGGGGAGAAAUGGUCACAAAAUUUCCCGGCGUCCCUAAAGCGAGUGGCCAGCGAAGCGACAACCUGGUUUCUGGACCGAUGGACCGUCGAGUUGAGCUCCUGCGCACAAACUCAGUUGCCAGCGGAUCUGGGGUGAUGCUCUCGAAAGAUGCUCUUCAGGUACUGCAGCGGAUCACGGAGCCCGUCAGUCCGGACAGAUCAUCUAGCUCUUCCCAGACGCCAGGCCGGGCCGGCGAGAUGCGCGAGACGAGCGAAGGCGGUAGUCUGAGUCGCAGUCGGAGCCUGGAAGACAUGACCCCUGCGACAGAAACAAGUGUAGCCAAGUUGUCGGACUACAGCUUCACACAGCUCAGCAUCCCUUCGCCUGGCGGGUUCUUCUCCUCGCUGCAGGCCGGAAGUCGCCAAACGUGGUGCAUGAACCGUUCUGUCUCCAACAACAGCAUGCCGACGUCCGCAGUCGCAGAGAAUUUCUACUUCAAUUGGCAACCGAUUUCUAAAAUCACCGAGACGAAGCUUGAGGUAGUUGAUACCUCUGAUACAGAGGCCGUCCCACCUGACCAAUCAUCAACCCGGCGGCCUCGCAGUCCGAGUCUGAGCACUACGGAGGAGGACGCAGAUAUGUACGGACCAGACCCGAACGAACCUACUUUCGCGGCGCCGGCAGAAUCCGAAUAUGAAGAAGCCUACGAAGAGGAAAUUCGGCAGACAGCAGAAGAGAAUCUCGAUCGCACGAGCAAUUGGCUAGCUGCCCAGACUACCUACCUCUCCAUCCUCCGAGAAACUAAUCCUGCGAAUAAGCCAGAGGACUACGCGCCGUCACCCAUGCCAGCAGUGGAUGAUACAUCCCCCGAAGGUUUGCGGCGAAGUGCUUCGGUUGCAGCGCACAUCCAGAAGACAGUACGCUUUCUCGAGGCCGCCAAAGCGUCGGCUUCGCCUAUAUCCAGAGCCGACACAACUCCUGGUACUAGCCCAGGUAGUGACUCCAGUGGGAAGAGUCCUCUGUUCUACCAGGCUUUUGAGCAUUUUCUCCAGCAAAACGGUACACGUGACGCGUUCUUGCACGCGGCAGCCCGUGUAGAAGCAGUCCGCGCCGCUCGCGUCGCUACUCCAGCGCGACAUAUCGAGAGCAUCGCCGGGCGCAUGAACAGCAACUCUGCCGAACGACCGAAGUACUCAGGUCCUUUCAGUGGCAACCCUCGAGCCACAGGUAUCUUCGAACGGACCGAGGCUUCACUGGCGUACGAGACUGCGGAGCAGGAGCAACGCGCUAUGCAGUCUAUCCAGCACUCAGCCUGGCAAGUCGAAGCUCUCCGCACCACCUUUGGUGGCCGAUUGUUUGCAUCGCGCGUCGCACACGAACGAAUCCGUAAUAGAGCCACACUGUCCCUCAAAGACCCAGCUUGCGUUGGCGUCAAACGUCACCGUAUUCUCGAUCUCGGCGGUGACUCGAACGCUUCGUGGGGAUGGGCCGCCGGUCACGAAUACAGCAACAUUAAGGUCUACACAGUAGUCACCAAAGAGCAGGCGUUUCACCAGCGGCCGGCUGGCGAACUCAAGCCAUCUGGUCCUGAGAACCACCGCACUGUUUCUGUGCCCUGCCUGUGGGAAUUGCCCUUCAAGACGAAUCACUUCGAUGCCAUCUCCGCACGCAGUCUUCACGCCUUGCUCAAAGCCAACCCGGUGCCCACUUCACCAGACAUAGAUGAAUGGACCAUGACCCUCAAGGAAUGCAUGCGCAUUCUCAAGCCUGGCGGCUAUCUCGACUUCAUCAUCAUGGACAGCUGCAUCGCUCGCGCCGGCCCUCGUGGUGAGGCGUUGAGCGUCGAGUUCAGCUUCGACCUCCAUCGUCGCGGCUAUGAGCGCAACCCGGCACAUACAUGGCUGCGACGAUUAAAGAAAGAAGGCUUUGUCGGCACGAAACGCGCGUGGAUGUUCUGGCCUAUGGGUCGGAAACCGGCUUGUGGUGGUAGUGAUGGCGAACAUCAAGGAGCGAGAGCGUUCCUACCGGCGCCGAGGCCUGUCAGUGAGGAUUCGACGAUCAGCAAGAUCGUGAAGCAGUACAUGGAUGUUGAGGCGGUUCAGGGGCCGGUGGGUAGUACGCAGGAUGCCGCGGAUAUGACGGGCUUGCUUGGCACAAGGAUGUUUGAGGAGUGGUUGCUGAAGAUCAGGCGGGAGACCGGGAGGGAGAGUAUGCGUUUGUUGGAAGGGAUCGAUGAGGUGCUGGAGGAGGGCAAGGCUAAUGGGGGAGGAUAUAGAGUGCUGGUUGGAUGGGCUCGAAAGCCGAGGAAUGUGUCGAUGGCACCGACUAAUGACAGGCCCGUGCGAGAUGGAUUGAUUCAGGACACGGGGUUGAGAGAGCAGGUCUCUCCAGUGGCAGAGCGAGACUCGCCGCUGAAGGAGGAGAUCCAGAUCGUGCUUGACGAAAGGCUUGGUAGUACAAAAAUACCUCUGAGGAGUAGUCAAGUGGGGAUGGCGAGGUGA